UUCACGUGUUUCAAGUCGUAUGUGAUUCCUCUUUUUAAAAUAAAAGCAACCAUAAUACUCUAAUAAUAAUUGAUCAACAAACCAAAACAGUCAAAGCCCAAAACACAGGAGAGCUCAAUCAAACUAAACUAUCUCCAUGGCUUUUCCCCAGUCCCAGUGGGUUUUCCCAUUUGGGCUUUUGAUAUUUCUCACUAUUGGGUGCUCUGGAAGGCCUCUCUACCCGCUUCCCAGUAAAACCAGCCAUGGAAAUAAACAACCUCUGCAAACCUUUCGUCCGUACAAUAUUGCUCAUCGAGGUUCUAAUGGCGAGAUUCCUGAAGAAACAGCGGCUGCAUAUAUGAGGGCUAUAGAAGAGGGGGCAGACUUUAUUGAAUCAGAUAUCCUAUCUUCUAAAGAUGGGAUUCUCAUAUGUUUCCAUGAUGUGACACUUGACGAAACAACUGAUGUUGCAAAACACAAGCAUUUUGCUAAUCGUAAAAGGACUUAUGAAGUUCAAGGGGAGAAUGUUACUGGUUUUUUCACCGUUGAUUUCACAUUAAAAGAACUGAAUUCAUUGCGUGUGAAUCAAAGGUACCCAUUCCGUGAUCAACAAUAUAACGGAAAGUUCUCUAUUAUUACUUUUGACGAGUUUAUUGAUAUAGCACUUGAUGCAUCAAGAGUGGUUGGAAUAUACCCGGAAAUAAAAAACCCGGUUUUAAUUAAUCAACAUGUGAAAUGGGCAGAUGGUAAGAAAUUUGAGGACAAGUUUGUUGAGACACUUAAGAAGUAUGGAUACCAGGGUUCAUAUCUGUCCAAAGAUUGGAUGAAACAACCUGUAUUUAUCCAGUCAUUUGCUCCAACUUCACUUGUAUAUAUAUCUAAUCUCACAGACUUGCCCAAGAUCCUGUUAAUUGAUGAUGUUACAGUUCCAACUCAAGACACUAAUCAGUCAUAUUGGGAAAUUACAUCUGAUCAUUACUUAGACUUCAUUAAGAACUAUGUGGUGGGGAUCGGACCUUGGAAGGAUACAGUCGUCCCUGUGAAAAAUAAUUACUUACAAGAACCUACCGAUCUUGUUGCCAGAGCGCAUGCUCAUAACCUACAGGUGCAUCCAUACACAUACCGAAAUGAGAACCAGUUCUUGCACCUUAACUUUCAUGAAGACCCAUAUGUAGAGUUCAACUACUGGCUUAAUCAUAUUGGAGUUGAUGGACUUUUCACAGACUUCACAGGCAGCCUUCACAAUUUUCAGGAGUGGACAUCCCUGGAAGAUAACAGAAAAAAGGGUGCAUCUAAUUUAUUGCGUGAACUUGCAUUAUUGAUCUCUAAGUAUAACAGUAAUGUCUAAGACUCACACAUUACGCCCAUUGAUAUUUCUUGUGUCAUCAUGACCAUCUUGCCAUGUGAGUUAACUUUAUUGGGAUUCAAUUCUUGUUUCAUUGAUUGGGUUCUGUGAUAUAAAUAAGUAAAAGUGUUAAAGGGUUUAACUUGUUC